AUGACGCCACGAAUCAGCGUUGCGGAAGCUAGAAAUCCAUACUUUUAUAUCUCGGCGCUCGUGCCCGACGGACUCUCCAUCCUGAGGUUCAUUGAGCAGAUCAUUCUUUCCUCUGACGUGGGGAGAGAAACAUCUGUGGUUCUAUACGUCGACGAUGGCCGGGAUGCCACGGUCCUGUGGGGCAGUUCUGGAUGCAAGGCUGGUCGCAAUUUCCGGAUCCGAUCGGCCAAACUCCUCUUAACGAUGGCAAGAUUGACAAGAAGAUUGAUGAUUCACAUGGAACCACGCGUGGUCACUGCGGACGGUUGA